UCCCGGCAAAAACCCGGUAAUUCUGAGGGAGAGAGAGAGUGGUACAGGGACCUACACCUCUCUCCGGGCGCAGGUGGGCAGAGCAGGGAGGGGGCGCUCAGGACCAGAGCCCUUAUAGCCAAUUUCUGGGGGCGGUUAGCUCCUCCCCCCCCUUUUUCCGAAGGUUCUUCAAGGGGUGCGGGAAAGAGACGCAAACACAAAAGUGGAAAACAGUUAAUGACCAGCCACAGCGUCCCUGCUGUGAGCUCCAGCCUCUGCCUCUCCGGGCUCCGAGCCACACACAGGCUGCUGUGGGUGCCAGCUGAAGUAACAUGGCUUAUUGGCCUCAGUUGAGGUUGCUGUUAUGGAAGAACAUUACUUUCAGAAGAAGACAAACAUUUCAGCUGUUGCUGGAGGUGGCCUGGCCAUUAUUUAUCUUCCUGAUCUUGAUCUCAGUUCGGCUGAACUACCCACCCUAUGAACAACAUGAAUGCCAUUUCCCAAACAAAGCCAUGCCCUCUGCAGGAACACUUCCUUGGAUUCAGGGGAUUAUCUGUAAUGCCAAUAACCCCUGUUUCCGUUAUCCAACUCCUGGUGAGGCUCCUGGGGUUAUUGGAAACUUUAACAAAUCCAUUGUGUCUCGCCUGUUCUCAGAUGCUCAGCGGCUUCUUUUAUAUAGCCAGAAAGACACCAGCAUAAAAGACAUACACAAAGUUCUGAGAACACUGCGGCAGAUUGAAAGUUCCAGCUCAAGCUUGAAACUUCAGGAUUUCUUGGGGGACAAUGAAACCUUCUCUGGAUUCCUGAAUCACAACCUCUCUCUGCCAAGGCCUACUGUGGACAAUAUCCUGGAGGCUAAUGUCAGUCUCCACAAGAUAUUUUUACAAGGCUACCAGUUACAUUUGACCAAUCUGUGUAGUGCAUCAAAACUAGAAGAGACGAUUCAGCUUAGUGACCAAGAAGUUUUCAAGCUUUGCAGCUUGCCAAGGGAGAAAUUGGAUGCAGCAGAGCAAGUACUUCGUUCCAACAUGGACAUCCUGAAGCCCAUCAUGACAGAACUAAACUCUACAUCUGCCUUCCUGAGUAAGGAAUUGUCUGAAGCCACAAGAACUUUGCUGGAUAGUCUGGGGUCACUGACCCAAGAGCUGUUCAGCAUGAGGAGCUGGAGUGACAUGCGGCAGGAGGUGAUCUUUCUGACCAACGUGAACAGCUCUAGCUCCUCCACCCAGAUAUACCAGGCUGUGUCCCGCAUUGUCUGUGGCCACCCCGAGGGUGGGGGCCUGAAGAUCAAAUCUCUCAACUGGUAUGAGGACAACAACUACAAAGCCCUCUUUGGAGGCAACACCACUGAAGAAGAUGCUGACACAUUCUAUGACAAUUCCACAACUCCAUACUGCAACGAUUUGAUGAAAAAUUUGGAGUCCAGUCCUCUUUCCCGCAUCAUAUGGAAAGCUCUCAAGCCUCUGCUUGUUGGGAAGAUACUGUAUACACCUGACACUCCUGCCACAAGACAGGUGAUGGCUGAGGUGAAUAAGACCUUCCAGGAACUGGCUGUGUUUCAUGAUCUGGAAGGGAUGUGGGAAGAGCUCAGCCCCAAGAUCUGGACCUUCAUGGAGAGCAGCUCAGAAAUGGACCUUGUUCGGAUACUGUUGGACAGCCGCAGCAAUGACCACUUUUGGGAACAGCAAUUGGAUGGCUUAGGUUGGACAGCCAAAGAUAUUGUGGCAUUUCUGGCCAAGCAUCCAGAGGAUGUCUGGUCUACAAAUGGCUCUGUGUAUACCUGGAGAGAAGCCUUCAAUGAGACCAGCCAGGCAAUCCAGACCAUAUCUCGCUUCAUGGAGUGUGUCAACCUGAACAAGCUUGAACCGGUAGCAACAGAAGUUCGGCUCAUCAACAAGUCCAUGGAGCUGCUGGAUGAGAGAAAGUUCUGGGCUGGUAUAGUGUUCACUGGAAUUACUCCUGGCAGUGUUGAGCUGCCCUCUCAUGUCAAGUACAAGAUCCGAAUGGACAUUGACAAUGUGGAGAGGACAAAUAAAAUCAAGGAUGGGUACUGGGACCCAGGUCCUCGGGCUGACCCCUUUGAGGAUUUGCGUUAUGUCUGGGGGGGCUUCACCUACUUGCAGGAUGUAGUGGAGCAGGCCAUCAUCAGGGUGCUGACGGGCAUCGAGAAGAAAACUGGUGUCUAUGUGCAACAGAUGCCCUACCCCUGUUAUGUCGAUGACAUCUUCCUGCGGGUGAUGAGCCGAUCAAUGCCUCUUUUCAUGACGUUGGCCUGGAUUUACUCUGUGGCUGUGAUCAUCAAGGGCAUCGUGUAUGAGAAGGAGGCAAGGCUGAAGGAGACCAUGCGCAUCAUGGGCCUGGACAAUGGCAUCCUCUGGUUUAGCUGGUUCAUCAGUAGCCUCAUCCCCCUGCUGAUGAGCGCCGGCCUGCUUGUGGUCAUCCUGAAAUUAGGAAACCUGCUGCCCUACAGUGACCCCAGCGUGGUGUUUGUCUUUCUGUCGGUGUUCGCUGUGGUGACCAUCCUACAGUGCUUUCUGAUCAGCACCCUCUUCUCCAGAGCCAACCUGGCGGCAGCCUGUGGGGGCAUCAUCUACUUCACACUGUACCUGCCCUAUGUCCUGUGCGUGGCUUGGCAAGAUCAUGUGGGCUUCACACUGAAGGUCUUUGCUAGCCUGCUGUCUCCUGUGGCUUUUGGGUUUGGCUGUGAAUACUUUGCCCUUUUUGAGGAGCAGGGCAUUGGGGUACAGUGGGACAACCUCUUUGAAAGCCCUGUGGAGGAAGAUGGCUUCAACCUCACCACCUCCGUCUCUAUGAUGCUGUUUGAUGCCUUCAUCUAUGGGGUGAUGACGUGGUACAUCGAGGCUGUGUUUCCAGGCCAGUAUGGAAUUCCCAGACCCUGGUGUUUCCCUUGCACCAGGUCCUAUUGGUUUGGGGAGGAAAGUGAUGAGAAGAGUCACCCUGGUUCCAGCCAGAAGGGAAUAUCAGAAAUCUGCAUGGAGGAGGAGCCCACACACCUGAAGCUGGGUGUGUCUAUUCAGAACCUGAUGAAGGUUUACCGAGAUGGCAUGAAGGUGGCAGUCGAUGGCCUGGCUCUGAACUUCUAUGAAGGCCAGAUCACCUCCUUCCUGGGCCACAAUGGAGCUGGGAAGACCACCACCAUGUCAAUUCUGACUGGCUUGUUUCCUCCCACCUCGGGCACUGCCUACAUUCUGGGGAAAGACAUUCGCUCUGAGAUGAGCACCAUCCGGCAGAACCUGGGAGUCUGUCCCCAGCAUAAUGUGCUGUUUGACAUGCUGACUGUUGAAGAACACAUCUGGUUCUAUGCCCGCCUAAAAGGGCUCUCAGAGAAGCAUGUAAAAGCAGAGAUGGAGCAGAUGGCCCUGGAUGUUGGUUUGCCACCCAGCAAACUGAAAAGCAAAACAAGUCAGCUGUCUGGUGGAAUGAAGAGAAAGCUGUCUGUGGCCUUGGCCUUUGUUGGGGGAUCCAAGGUUGUCAUUCUGGAUGAGCCUACAGCUGGCGUGGACCCUUACUCCCGCAGGGGAAUAUGGGAGCUGCUACUGAAAUACCGACAAGGCCGCACCAUUAUUCUCUCCACACACCACAUGGAUGAAGCGGACAUCCUGGGGGACAGGAUUGCCAUCAUUUCCCAUGGGAGGCUGUGCUGUGUGGGCUCCUCCCUGUUUUUGAAGAACCAGCUGGGAACAGGCUACUACCUGACUCUGGUGAAGAAGGAUGUAGAAUCCUCCCUCAGUUCCUGCAGAAAUAGCAGUAGCACUGUGUCGUAUCUGAAAAAGGUGGUGCCUGGGCUUCCCCGAGCUGGGCAGAGUGGAGGCAGAGGAGGAGAGGUGCAGAGGCUGGUGGCGCUGACUCAAGAUGUCUCUGCCAUCUCUAACCUCAUCAGGAAGCAUGUGGCUGAGGCCCGGCUGGUAGAAGACAUUGGACAUGAGCUGACCUAUGUGUUGCCCUAUGAAGCUGCCAAAGAGGGAGCCUUUGUGGAGCUCUUCCAUGAGAUUGAUGACCGGCUGUCUGACCUGGGUAUCUCUAGUUAUGGCAUCUCUGAGACUACCCUGGAAGAAAUAUUUCUCAAAGUUGCUGAAGAGAGUGGAGUAGAUGCUGAGACCUCAGAUGGCACUUUGCCAGCCAGACGAAACAGACGGGCCUUUGGGGACAAGCAGAGCUGUCUUCGCCCAUUCACUGAAGAUGAUGCCAUUGAUCCGAAUGAUUCCGACAUAGACCCAGAAUCCAGAGAAACAGACCUGCUCAGUGGGAUGGAUGGCAAAGGUUCCUACCAAGUGAAGGGCUGGAAGCUCACACAGCAACAGUUUGUGGCCCUUUUGUGGAAGAGGCUGCUGAUUGCCAGGCGGAGUCGGAAGGGAUUCUUUGCUCAGAUUGUCCUGCCAGCCGUGUUUGUCUGCAUUGCAUUGGUAUUCAGCUUGAUUGUGCCACCCUUCGGCAAGUACCCCAGCCUGGAACUUCAGCCCUGGAUGUACAAUGAACAGUACACAUUUGUCAGUAAUGACGCUCCUGAGGAUGUGGGCACCCAGGAACUUUUGAAUGCCCUCACUAAAGACCCUGGCUUCGGGACCCGAUGUAUGGAAGGAAACCCAAUUCCAGACAUGCCCUGCUCAGUGGGGGAGGAGGACUGGACCACUGCCCCAGUUCCACAGACCAUCACGGACCUGUUCCAAAAUGGGAACUGGACAAUGGAGAACCCCUCACCUACCUGCCAGUGCAGCAGUGACAAAAUCAAGAAGAUGCUGCCCGUGUGUCCACUGGGGGCAGGGGGUCUGCCUCCUCCACAAAGAAAACAGAAAACUGUGGACAUCCUUCAGAACCUGACAGGAAGAAACAUUUCAGAUUAUCUGGUGAAGACUUAUGUGCAGAUCAUAGCCAAAAGCUUAAAGAACAAGAUCUGGGUGAAUGAGUUUAGGUAUGGAGGAUUUUCCCUGGGUGCCAGUAAUUCUCAGUCACUUCCUCCAAGUCAAGAAGUUAAUGAUGCCAUCAGGGAAAUGAAGAAACUCUUGAAGGUGGCCAAGGACAGUUCUGCAGAUCGAUUUCUCAGCAGCUUGGGAAGGUUCAUGACAGGACUGGAUAAGAAAAAUAACGUCAAGGUGUGGUUCAAUAACAAGGGUUGGCAUGCCAUCAGCUCUUUCUUGAAUGUCAUCAACAAUGCCAUUCUCCGGGCCAACUUGCAGAAGGGAGAGAAUCCUAGACAAUAUGGGAUCACUGCUUUUAAUCACCCCCUGAAUCUCACCAAACAGCAGCUUUCAGAAGUGGCUCUGAUGACCACAUCAGUGGAUGUCCUUGUGUCCAUCUGCGUCAUCUUUGCAAUGUCCUUCGUCCCAGCCAGCUUUGUUGUGUUCCUGAUCCAGGAGCGGGUCAGCAAAGCGAAGCACCUGCAGCUCAUCAGCGGAGUGAAGCCCGUCAUCUACUGGCUCUCCAAUUUUGUCUGGGACAUGUGCAACUAUGUGGUCCCUGCCACACUGGUCGUUAUCAUCUUCAUCUGCUUUCAGCAGAAGUCCUACGUGUCCUCCACCAAUCUGCCUGUGCUAGCCCUUCUACUUUUGCUAUAUGGGUGGUCGAUCACACCUCUUAUGUACCCAGCCUCCUUUGUGUUCAAGAUUCCCAGCACAGCUUACGUGGUCCUCACCAGUGUGAACCUCUUCAUCGGGAUCAAUGGCAGCGUGGCCACUUUUGUGUUGGAGCUCUUCACCAACAAUAAGCUGAAUAAUAUCAAUGAUAUCCUGAAGUCUGUGUUCUUGAUCUUCCCACAUUUUUGCCUGGGACGGGGGCUCAUUGACAUGGUGAAAAACCAGGCCAUGGCUGAUGCCUUGGAAAGGUUUGGGGAGAAUCGCUUUGUCUCACCACUCUCUUGGGACUUGGUAGGACGGAACCUCUUCGCCAUGGCCGUGGAAGGGCUGGUGUUCUUUCUCGUCACUGUUCUGAUCCAGUACAGAUUCUUCAUCAGGCCCAGACCUGUAAACACAAAGCUUCCUCCUCUGAAUGAUGAGGAUGAAGAUGUGAGGAGGGAAAGACAGAGAAUUCUUGAUGGUGGAGGGCAGAACGACAUCUUGGAAAUUAAGGAGUUGACUAAGAUAUACAGAAGUAAGAGGAAGCCUGCUGUUGACAGGAUUUGUGUUGGUAUUCCUCCUGGUGAGUGCUUUGGACUUCUGGGAGUCAAUGGGGCUGGGAAAUCAUCAACUUUCAAGAUGUUAACUGGAGAUACUACUGUUACCAGAGGAGAUGCUUUGCUUAACAAAAAUAGUAUCUUAUCAAACAUCCAUGAAGUACAUCAGAACAUGGGCUACUGUCCUCAGUUUGAUGCUAUCACGGAGCUACUGACUGGAAGAGAACAUGUAGAGUUCUUUGCCCUCUUGAGAGGAGUCCCAGAGAAAGAAGUUGGCAAGGUUGGUGAGUGGGCAAUUCGGAAACUGGGCCUCAUGAAGUAUGGAGAAAAAUAUGCUGGUAACUAUAGUGGUGGCAACAAGCGCAAGCUUUCUACAGCCAUGGCUUUGAUUGGCGGACCUCCUGUGGUGUUUCUGGAUGAACCAACCACAGGCAUGGAUCCCAAAGCCCGGCGAUUCUUGUGGAAUUGUGCCCUAAGUAUUGUCAAGGAAGGGAGAUCAGUAGUACUUACGUCUCAUAGUAUGGAAGAAUGUGAAGCUCUCUGCACUAGGAUGGCAAUUAUGGUUAAUGGGAAGUUCAGGUGUCUUGGCAGUGUCCAACAUUUGAAAAAUAGGUUUGGAGAUGGUUAUACAAUAGUUGUACGAAUAGCAGGGUCCAACCCUGAUUUAAAGCCUGUCCAGGAAUUCUUUGGACUUGCCUUUCCAGGAAGUGUCCUAAAAGAGAAGCACCGGAACAUGCUGCAAUACCAGCUUCCAUCCUCAUUAUCUUCUCUAGCCAGGAUCUUCAGCAUCCUUUCCCAGAGCAAAAAGCGACUCCAUAUAGAAGACUACUCUGUUUCUCAGACAACCCUUGACCAAGUAUUUGUAAACUUUGCCAAGGACCAAAGUGAUGAUGACCACUUGAAGGACCUGUCAUUACACAGAAACCAGACCGUAGUGGAUGUUGCGGUUCUCACAUCUUUUCUGCAGGAUGAGAAAGUGAAAGAAAGUUAUGUAUGAAGAAUACAGUUUGUACAAGGUGGCUGGAAAAAAGGGGUAAAUAGCCCUUUCUUUGCACCAUGUGAAGUGCUCCAGAGGAAAGAGCUAGAAGUUUGUGUGGGAAGAAUUAAACUGGAUACUGUACUGAUACUAUUCAAUGCAAUGCAAUUCAAUGCAAUGAAACAAAAUUCCAUUACAGGGCAGUGCCUUUUUUAUAGCCUGUGUCUUGUAUGGCUCUCGAGUGAAAAAGACUUGAAUUUAGUUUAUUACUUUAUUAUACUAUGUGAAACUCUAGUAUGGAACCCAAGGACAUAUGGGUUUGAAAUACUUUUUUUAUUCCUUUGUAUUCUCACUGGGGUUGCAACAAUAAUUCACCAAGUAAUCAUGGCCAAUGAUUAUGAAAAUCAAAAGGUGUGCACAUUCCCAUUCAUUAAGCCGUGCCAUGCCAGAAGACUGGUCUCCCAGUGACACAUCCAUUGCUGGCAAUGAGUACACCAGAAUUACUAGUGCCAAGUUGCUCAGAAAGCACGAAGGACCAUGGUGUGUCAUGCACACGUUUGUGAAAGCUGCUCUCCUCAGUCUAUCGUUAAAUAUCAGGUGACAAAAGGUGCCAUGUGUCGGGAAAAUACUACUUUGAUUCCCUCUUUGAUGAGCUGCUCUGGAGGUAGUAACAUACAAAUUGUGCCUCUAGGCAAGUGAGGCUUGGUUCUACUGUUACAUUGUCCCUCACUUGGAACCAUGGGUCUCCAGCGUCAUCUUUCUGGUACUCUUUAAGUAUACUUAGAUGCUGUCUGGAAGCAAAGAAUCAGCCAAAUUGUUGGGGUUGCAAGCUGCUGAGGUCAGGGCAUGAGAUUAAAGAGAUGGCAUAUUCAAACCUAGGGAGGCCUAUGUCUGUUUGUCCUGGUUAUCUACUAACAUGGUACAUUGCAUCUCAAGAUUUUGUUGUUUGACAUAAGUGUAGUAUUAUUUCUGGCUUUCUGAACUAUGUAAACUUAAAAAGAUGGAGCUGUAUUUUGACAAAAAUCUUUGUACUUUAAUGUUAUCUGGUUUAAGUUGUCAGUGAUUUCUGAAACCUUAGAAUGGCCUCUUUGCAGAACCCUGUGGCAUAGAGGAGUAUGGCACACUGCUUUGCUAGCUUUAUUUUCUCAUGUAAGUUUGCAAGUUUGCAGAUGGAUUAGCUGUCUAGUGUUUAGUGAUUAGAAAACAAUGUGAUGGUCAAGAUCUCCUGACAUUAUGUUUCAGUUCUUUAAGAUCAUUUAACAUACUUACAAUCUCAGUUUGUUAACCAAGUAUUUUUUGAAUGUAUGUUAUAGUUGAAUGAGUAUAUGUAUGUAUGGAUUGGGUGAAGAGAAAUUAAAGUAGAUUUCCUGUGCCAUUAGUAAGUCCACUAACUGAUUUAAAAUUUAAAAUAAUAGUUUUUUUUUUUUUUUUGUGGUUGUGGAAGCCCACUGAAAUACUGGGCAGUCCACUUUUUGAAAAUAUCAACAAUGCAAAAAAAGCCAAGAAAGUGUCAGUGUCACAAGUGUCACAAGAGUGAACGAUGGAUGCCAGCACAGAGAAGGCGGCUGGCUAUAAAACUUGUUGAACACAAUUUGUGUUUAUGAUAUUUAGUACCGUUAAAUAGUUGGCUUUGAAGAUUUUAAACACCCCAUUAUGACAAUCUCAAAUUUGUCACCUCUUCAAUCACUAACCUAUCAUGAAAAAAUUAAAAACAGCAAAUGCCCCCAUAUGAAGUUUAUUUCAGACUUUUCUAACUCAGUCUUUUUUUUAUAGUAAACACUUCACAAAAAUAUUAUUUCACUAAUGCUUAAUGUUAUCUGUCUUGAGACAACAAAAAUAUGAGAGAACUAGAGUUCAACUGAUCUAUUACUAUCAUUACAAAUUUCUUUUUUUUCUAAGUUUUUAACUUUAUGAAGGUGUAAUAUUUCAGAUCUAUUUCAAGUCUAUAUUUUUUUCUUUCUUCAUUUACAGACUGUUUUAUAGCUCACUGCUUGGAAAAGAAAAUGUCUUUUAGAAAGUAAUGCUAGUAUUGUUUUCUAAAAUGAUAAGUAAUGAAGGCAUACUUCCAAUAUUCAUUGGCAUAAGAACAGUAUAUUUUAUGCUAUCUUUAAUUAUCUAAAAUUUAUAGAAUAGUUUCUCCUAUCGAACUUAAGUAUUUUCCAUUUCACUAGAAUCAUGUUCUAGUUCUCUAAAUCCAUGAGCAGCUCUUCUUGCUUUAAUUACUCUGACUUCAAGGCCAUAUUUAAAAAAAACCAAAAGGCACUGUGAACAAGUUUGAAAAAAAAUACAACUUUUCAAUAAAGAUUUAAAGGAUCUCUUCUGAAGCUGGAAACAAUCUACAGUUACACAUUGAUUUCAUUGAUACUGUUACCUUUUAGACUAUCAAACUCAUAAUCUUCUAAAUUUUCCUGUGUAAGCCUACUUACAGCAGAAACUUUUACCCUCUCAGUUGAAAUUUCCAUACAUUCCCUGUGGAAAUAUAACUGUGAAUUUAAAAAAGAAUUUCAAGAGUGUUUUAGGAUUUCUACUUUGGUUUCUUUUGGAAACCUCUAACAACUGUAAGCAGGAAAAAUACAAAAGAAAACAGUAAGAAGCCCUUUGUAUGUAAAUGUCCAACACAGUUCAUUAUUAAAAAACAACCAAACCUCAAACUACUGUAUUUCAAAAUCUGUACUGAAAGCAUUGUGACUAUUUAAUGUUGCAUAUCAUUCAUUCCCUGCAUAGUAAUCACUGAUUAAAGGGGAGUUGUCUGUUUUCUUCUUGUGGUUGUACACAUCAGGUAAAAUUUUUUCCAAAGAGCCCUGUGUCAUAAUAUUGUACCACUCUGAUAUUGAUAUAUUAAUUUGUACUCCUGUUACUAUUUACUAGGAAUAAUAUAUAUAGUAACAUAGCUCUAAUUCUCUUCAAAGUUGUUGCAUCCCUUUUGUAUUUCCGUAAGGAUUAAGAAUUCUACUCUCCCUUCUUACCCUAGGACAAAACUAUGUUUUUGUGCUUUUUAUCAUUGGCCCAUCAUUCCAAGCACUUUAUGCUACUCGAAUGGGAUCUAUUUUUGCACUGGAAUAUCAGAGAACUGCAAAACUAGACAAAAGUUUCACAAUAGAUUUCUAAGUUAAAUCAUUUUCAGAAAAGGAAAAAAACAAAAAAAUUUGUAUUGUCAGUAACUUUAUAUGAAAUAUUAAAGCAUAUUUCUAUGUUGUAAUGAGUCAUGAAAUAAAGCUGUGACAGUUUUGUUGGUCUGUA